AUGUCUUUAUCAGGAAAGAAAAAAAGCAAUACACUUGCGGAAACGCUUAUCGAACUUUCAAAUCCUGCGCCAAUAGAUAUUGAUCCAGAAGAAUUUGGAGAGACUUUCCGUACAUAUGGAUUCGAACAAAGUGAUGAAGAAGAAGGAGACAAUGAAAAAUCAGACAACUUAGGAAGAGAGCAUUAUGUGCAAGUUGGUAAGAGUUCUCUUCGUCAGAACUUGCAGUUUAUUUUAGAUGAUCCAAAAUAUGUCGGAAAAAGAAAUAGUAGAAAGGCUAUUUUUGAAGAUUUUGAUUCAGAAAGUGAUGUUGAGAUUUCAUCUCAACAAAUCAAUUAUAAUACUGAAGAUGAAUCAGAUGAUGUGGACGAUAAUAAAUGCUUCGACAAAAAGUCCUCCGAUACCGAAGGUGACGAUGAAAAGGUUGAAUCAGAUCUGGAAGUUAUAGAUUCAUUGGAUAAUGCAUCAUCUAUUCGUGAAGAAUUAAGAAAGAUUAAAGAGGAUGAAAGGAAUUUAUUACAAAAGAUGACACAGAGUGCUCAGGAAGAUAUAAAUAAAGGCCAUCAUGUUAAAAAUCAAAUUGGACUUUGGGAUGUAUUCUUAGACACACGUAUUCGUCUGCAGAAAGCAGUGGCUAUAUCAAAUACUUUUCCACAGCCUGACGCGUAUCCGCAGUUUCUUACAUCUGAAACCAGGUCUGCAAUUCAAGAAACACGAACAGAACUAAGAGAACUUAUUGACUCUCUUAUAGAUUUAAGAAAGGGCCUAUGUCAUGAAAAUGAGAAUAUUGUUAUCACUGAAGAUACCGCAAAUAGCCGAAAGCGACAUUUGGAAAACGAUGAUUACCUAGAAUAUAUGUGGAAAGACAUGCAAGAGAUUGAUAACUUAUUUUUGCCUCAUCGGAACCAAACAAUUGAAAAGUGGAGUAAUAAAGUUCAAAUGGCAUCUGGUAUACCUCUCAAUAAAAAGUUUAAGGCUAUCAAUCAAAGUGUUAAUGAUCAAAUUACGCACGUUUUGUACGAUCGAGAACGUUUGAUUAAGAGAACACAAUUAAAGAGAAAUGCAGACAAAAUUUUAGGAAAAGCAAAAUCCGAUGCAAAGACAUAUGAUGAACACCUAUCAAAUUAUGAUACAGAAAUAUUUGAUGAUACAGAUUUCUAUCAACAAUUAUUGCGUGAAUUAGUUGAAAGUCGUAUGAUAGAUACUGAUGAUCCUGUCGCGUUAGGUUUGCGUUGGGCAACGUUAAAACAGACUAAGCAAAAGAAAAAGAAUGUAGAUACUAAAGCUAGCAAAGGAAGACGAUUACGGUAUCAAGUUCAUGAGAAAUUGCAGAACUUUAUGGUCCCAAUUCCCUCUGGUACAUGGCACGAUGACAUGAUUGAUGAAUUAUAUUCAUCAUUAUUAGGUAAGAAAUAUGAUGGAUUGGAUACUGUUGAAAGUGAGAAAAAAGAGUUUAAUGAUAACAACAUAGAGGCUGGAUUAGAUGGACUGCGUAUUUUUGGAAGUUGA